UCUGAUGCAAAGAGGUCAUUGAGCUUGGCUGUAUUAGCCAGGUUUAGGUGGGGCUGGACCAGGUAGGGAUAGGGGACUGUCUGACCUCUCCCAGGGAUUGUGUUCAGGGAACCCAAGAGAAUCUGAGGAGGAAGAGAAAGUUACCACCUUUGCCACACGUGGCAGAGUUCUCUGGAAACUUUCCUCCGUUCCUACCACAGGAAGGCCACAGGCACCUGGGCUUUACUGGCCUACACCAUAGUUCUGUGCUGACUGAGAGGUUCUGAAAUUUGAAAAAAGGUCUAAAUCCGGCUUCCAGGUUUUCGUGAAGGUGGAGAAAAGCAGAGUGACCUGGGAGAAGUGGUUAUCAACAACACAGCGGUGACUUCUUCCCCGGAGUGAGGAAAGUUUUCCCUUUCCCUGCCCCGAGCUGCAGUGGUGCAGUCUGUUACCUUGGAGACCAGCUAACACAUUCCCACAGGGCAAGCUUCACUGCUGAGUUGCUUGGAGGAGCUUGGAGAAACCAGAAGUGAGAUCUAGGAGAAGCAAGGCCCUGGAGUGCCAGGAACCCUUCUCCUAAAGAUGGAGAAGUAAAUGAAGAAAUACAGGAAAAUAAGCAUUGGGUGUUAUGCAAUGGCUACACAAACUAGUCAUGUCUUCCAUGGCCAAGAAAAUAUGUUUCUGGAAAACCAUUGCAUUAGGAGAAACACUGGCAGAGAUUCAAAGAAGUCACUAAAGCAGAAGAAUGUGAAUGGACUUGGUCAGAAUUCAGACAAUGGAUUACUGGUUACACACGUUAACCAGACACAGGACUUACUGAUGGAAGAAAGCACUAUUGAAGUCUAUCAAGAGAGAAUUCAGUGGCUAACAGAAAACAGCAAGAAGGCAUUUGGCCUCAUCAAAGGGGCCAGAGUCAGCAUCCUCAUAGAUGUGUCAGCCGUCAGCAGUGGCCCUCAGAAAGAGGAGUUCCAAAAGGACCUCAUGAGCCUCAUCGAUGAGCAGCUGAGCCACAAGGAGAAGCUAUUUGUCCUGUCCUUUGGCACCAACGCCAGGUCCCUCUGGCCGGACCCCAUGGAAGUCAGCGCCUCUGUCCUCCAGGAACUUAAGCUCUGGGUAAAGACACUGCAGCCUGAUGGAGGCAGCAACCUGCUACAAGCUCUGAAGAAGAUCUUCACUCUCAAGGGGCUGGAUUCCCUGGUGGUCAUCAUGAGAAGCUGCCCAGAUCAGGCUUCUGAAAUCCUGUCCGACUACAUCCAGCAGUCCACCAUGGGAAGAGACCUCAUCAUCCACUUCAUCACCUACAGCUGCGAUGAUCAGAUGCCCCCUGCUGUCCUGAAGAACCUUGCAGAAGCUGUUAGGGGCUACUACCACUGCUACAGCCCAAAGAUGGAGCUCUACACCAGCCGGGAUAUGGAUGAGCUCCUGGCAGAAAUUCAGACGGCCCAGAGCCUCCUCAGCCACGUGCAAGCCCUGAGGCACAGCAGCCCCUGUGAGGCGCUCACCUGCACCAUGGAGGAGAUUUCCACAGAGAUUGCAAAUGGGCUACUCAUAAGCCUCUUGCCUAAACCCCCAAAGCAUGACGCUCCUCUCACCAUUGAGUUUCCAAACUUGGACAAGACUUCUGCAGAGUGGCUUAAGGUCAAUGGUCUGAAAGCCAAGAAAUUAAGUCUGUAUCAGGUCCUGGCACCCAACGCAUUCACUCCUGUGGAGGAAUUUGUACCUAUUCUCCAGAAAACAGUAUCAUCGACUAUCCAUGAGAAGGCAAUGAUACAAUUUGAAUGGCACGAUGGGACAGUGAAGAACAUACAUGUGGACCCACCCUUCCUCUAUGAGUACCAGAAACAGCUCAACAGAGCUAUGCGGAUGUACGAGAGGCGGAUCGAGUGGCUCUCCCUGGCCAGCAGAAGAAUUUGGGGCACUGUCUGUGAAAAAAGGGUGGUUGUACUGCUCGAUAUCUCUGCGACCAAUUCCAUGUACAUUAUUCAUAUCCAGCACUCCCUGCGGCUGCUGCUGGAGGAGCAGUUAUCCAACAAGGACUACUUCAACCUCAUCGCGUUUGGAAGCACAAGUGAAAGCUGGAGGCCUGAGAUGGUUCCCAUGAGCCACGACAAUUUACAAAGUGCCUGGCGGUGGGCUCUGAACCUGCGGUGUUGGGGCAGCAGGAAUGUUCUCAGCGCCCUGCGGAAGGCUGUGGAAGUGGACUUCAAGGACAAAGACAAACACCAAUCGCAGGGAAUCUACCUCUUCACUGGGGGCAUCCCUGACCAGGACAUGCCUACAAUCAGCGCCUACAUGGCCGAGGCCUGUAGUGGCUGCGACCUCCAGCUGAACGUGUGUCUCUUCUACGUGGGCGAGCCAAAGAUGGACACCACGCCCCCUGCCUGCUAUGCCAGUCGCACUGACACGGCCGCCGCCUACAAGGAGGUCACCCGGGCUGCAGGUGGCCGCUUCCACUGGUUUGGAGACACAGGCAUUUAUGAGAGCGAUGACAUCAGUUCCAUCAUGUCUGAGAUGGAAAAGGCUCUCAACUACUCCCAAAAGUGUGCCUUCCUCAUGGCCUCCCUGAAGAACCAUUCAAGAAAAGUACUGGGAAGUGCAGCCCUCCUGAAAGAAAAACCAAAGACACUUCAGCUAAGAAGUCAGCCCAAGAAGCUCUGCCCUCCCAGGCCCACCGCCCCCGUCGGGGCCAGAAUGAGCAUUAAAGAUGACCCUGACAGAGAGAAGAGCCCCCCGCUGAAAUCUCUGAAAUGGCGUCCACUCAGUAGCAGAGCUGGCAUCUCACCAGCUGCGGCCCAGCCAAUGAAAGAAGGGAUGAUGGAACAGAGGAGGAAGACCAAGUCAAGGGAAGCAGAGACAUCUCUUUUGCUGUUCUACACAGAGAAAGGGAAUAAUGUGGGCUCGGUGUACAAGAAGUACCCUCAAGGAAGGGGCGUGAGAAGGAUUAGCUCUUCUAUUGACUUACCCACAAAGGAUACAGUUUGCUCAAGCCAAGAGUGGAUGGCAAAAUAUGGGCUCAAAAAAUUGAAGCUGGAGAUUUCCAGAUGCAUGGGUCCCAACUGCACUCAUCAAAAGUCAGGACAGAGGUCAGCAUCAGCCAAACACUGCAGCAUCUUCCCCAGCGUUGAGAUCCGUGGAGUGGUGAGACACAUUCAGUGGACGCCUGGGGAGAUGGAGGUGUACAUCAGGCACUUGGAGAAGGUGUUAAGGCGCUAUGUCCAGAGGCUGCAGUGGCUGCUGUCCGGGAGCCGCCGACUGUUUGGCACUGUUUUGGAGAGCAAAGUAUGCAUUUUGCUGGACACGUCAGGGUCCAUGGGCCCCUACCUGCAGCAGGUGAAGACAGAGCUGGUUUUGCUGAUUUGGGAACAGCUGCGGAAGCGCUGUGACAGUUUUAACCUGCUCAGCUUUGCAGAGAGCCUUCAGUUGUGGCAGGACACGCUGGUGGAGACCACAGAUGCAGCGUGCCAUGAGGCUAUGCAAUGGGUGACCCACCUGCAAGCUGAGGGCAGCACCUCCAUCUUGCAAGCAUUGCUGAAAGCUUUCAGUUUCCAUGAUCUGGAAGGACUGUACCUCCUGACCGACGGAAAGCCAGACACAAGCUGCAGCCUUGUCCUAAAUGAAGUCCAAAGACUCAGGGAGAAAAGAGAUGUGAAAGUGCACACCAUUUCCUUGAACUGCUCAGACAGAGCGGCGGCUGAGUUCCUGAGAAAGCUGGCUUCCUUUACCGGCGGACGCUAUCACUGCCCUGUGGGUGAGGACACACUCUCCAGAAUGUGCGGCCUGCUGACCAAAGGCUUCAUCAAUGAAAACGAUCCCACGCUGCCACCAUUUGAAGGAGAUGAUUUAAGGAGGCUGGCCCAGGAGAUCACCAAGGCCAGAAGCUUCCUCUGGCAGGCCCAGUCCUUCAGAUCCCAACUCCAGAAGAAAAAUGAUGCAGAACCAAAGGUCACUCUUUCCUAGAGAAGUGUUCUCAGAAAUGUCAUCCUACAAAGGACCACUUACUGAGCAAAUCGCGGCCCAGAGGGCAGGAUGGGGUGGAAUGCUGUGACCCGCAGGGAACAUGAUUCCUGGUACCAGGACUCCCUGGAAGCUGAGGAAGGAAAGGCUCUGUCUUUUGUGUGAGGGGCCAUUCCUGGGUCUAAUCUAACUCUCAAGCCCUGUCCCGCAGCGCACCCUACUCUCCAGCCACUAGACUGUCCCUCUCUGGGAAGCCCUAAACCAACCCCCUGCCUGAAUGGUG